ACCUGCGCCUGGCACCGGUCUCCCGCUCUGCAAGACUUGCAAACAGUCACACCAUGUCGUCCAAGUCAUCGUCGAUGGUCCUGGGUUACUGGGAUAUUCGCGGGCUGGCGCACGCCAUCCGCCUGCUCCUGGAGUUCACGGAUACUUGCUACGAGGAGAAACGGUACACUUGCGGCGAAGCUCCUGACUAUGAUCGAAGCCAAUGGCUGGAUGUGAAAUUCAAACUCGACCUGGAUUUCCCUAAUCUGCCUUACCUCCUGGAUGGGCAGAACAAGAUCACCCAGAGCAAUGCCAUCUUGCGCUACAUCGCUCGCAAGCACAACAUGUGUGGUGAUACUGAAGAAGAAAAGAUUCGAGUGGACAUCAUGGAGAACCAGAUAAUGGACUUCCGCAUGCAGCUGGUGCGGAUUUGCUACAACUCAGACCAUGAGAAAUUGAAGCCUGAGUACUUGGAGCAGCUUCCUGAUCAACUGAAACAAUUCUCCUUGUUCUUGGGGAAAUGUUCCUGGUUUGCAGGUGAAAAGCUCACCUUUGUGGACUUCCUCACUUAUGAUGUCUUAGACCAGAACCGGAUGUUUGAGCCCAAGUGCCUGGAUGAGUUCCCAAAUCUGAAGGCAUUCAUGUGCCGCUUUGAGGCUUUGGAGAAAAUAGCUUCAUACAUGCAGUCUGACCGCUUCUUCAAGAUGCCCAUCAAUAACAAGAUGGCCAAAUGGGGCCACAAGUGUAUAUGCUGAGCAGGUGACAGGCUUGUACCUACCCAAAGGUUCUAAACUCUGUUUUUCUCUGCUCUUUUCAAUAAAUACCAUUAAUGUUA